CGUAAUCGCAUCGAGCAUGUACCGACAGUCAGCCUAAGACCACGAUUCUCAUUGGUUGAAAACAUGUGGUGGGAUUGUCCGACCACAACGGUAUCCGCCUUCGGCCCUCUUCACUCUGCAAUUCGCCAGAUCCAGUACAAGCUUCAACCCAGAACCCCCGCUUCACCAACAAAGAUGUCGUUCGAGCUGCCCAAGAUUGCCUACGACUACAACGCUCUCGAGCCGUUCGUGGACACGGACACUAUGAACAUCCACCACACUAAGCACCACCAGGCUUACGUGAACAACAUCAACAACUACAUCUCGUCCGACAAGGGCACCGCCCUCAAGGGCAAGUCCAUCCUUGAGGUGGUGCAGUCGGCCACUGAGGCGCCUGUGCGCAACAACGGUGGCGGUCACUACAACCACUCGCUCUUCUGGACGUGGAUGACCUCGCCUGGCUCCACUAACACGGCCCCGCACGGCGCCCUUAAGACCCGCAUCGAGGAGGACUUUGGCUCGCUCGACCAGAUGAAGCAGGAGUUCAACGCUGCUGCGUCGUCGCGUUUCGGCUCCGGCUGGGCCUGGCUCGGUGUGAAGGCCGACGGUAAGCUGGCUAUCACGUCCACGCCCAACCAGGACAACCCGCUGAUGCCUGGUGUGGACCAGCCUCUGAUCCCCAUCCUCGGUCUGGACGUGUGGGAGCACGCUUACUACCUCAAGUACCAGAACCGUCGCCCUGAGUAUAUUUCGGCCUUCUGGAACGUGGCCAACUGGGACAAGGUCGUUGAGUACUACGACGAAUUCGCCUCGAAGGGCAAGCCCGUGGACAUCUGAAGUGGAGAGCAAGAGGUGGUAACGACGACGCACUCGUCGCUGUAAGUUGAGGGUGUGGAAGGCUCAAGUCGCAGUGCAGUGAAGCUUGCGUCACCGUUAAGCUUGUGACGUGUUUUGUUCACAAUGGACGGAUGUGCACGAGGACGUGAGGCGCUCUCGAUUCCUCGGAGCUCUCCCACCAUGUUAAUCUCAAUGAAAUUCUUUGAAUCUAUCAA